GUUCUGAUGUUUAUUUGGUGAAAGGGAGACCCCUAGUGGUCAACUUUUAACGCAAUGUUUUUGUACUAGCAGUCUUGCCGUAGUUCGACGAUGCAUGUGAACCAACAGUCACGUACUUUUUCUCUUUUGUAUUGGUUGGCCAGAAAACACGUUUGCCUUUUUACAGUGCUUACCAAGUAAAGUUUGGAAAGGAAACAAGCUGCUUCAUUCUUUAUAAGGGAAAACUGUUAUCUAUCUGCCGAGCUGACGCAACAGGCUAGUUCGCGCCACACACACAAGGAAGCGGGGGCAGAAUAGUAAAAAGGCAACUCUUCCAACGGCCAGCGUUCGUCCGAUCUGGAGGUAAAGUACCAUCUAACACAAUCACCAUGUCACUUAGAAGAAAAGAAGAGGAUUGUGAUGAACUAGAAACAAGAUCACUCGUAUCCAACUGCUCCAGAACCAGCAGACAAUCAGUAGCUAAUUCUAUGGCAGUGCAAGCACGGGCUAAAGCAGAAGCUGCACGUGCUGAGUUUGCAUUUGCUCGACAAGAGGCAGAGCUACUAAAACAGCAAGCCAUUCUAAACGCCAGUCUGCAUGAACUGAAAUUAGAAAAGGCAGCGGCGGCUGCAAACGCUGAAGCUUUAAUCUUAGAAGCAGCUGCUGAAGAAUAUGAUUAUGAAUGGUCAAGCCCAAUUAAAAGGAGAGCAAAUGAAAACACAGAACCUCUAACCCAAGUCGAAAUGCACAAUUCAAAUGCUCAAUUGCAGACUCCUGUUACAAAUCCAGGUCACCAGUCCUAUCGGGGUGAAAAAGCAGCCUGCAUGGUAAAUACAGUCACAGUCUCACCAUCAGAUGCAAAGCCACAGAAAACUUCACAUUCACCAGAGCGCCAGCCUACCAUGGACAGCGGUGAAGUAAACAAAUGUGAAAACCAGGGCCAUGCACAUCUGAGUAAAAGCAGUGACCAUGAAUUUAUUGAGCUGCCUCAACCCCACACACUCACAGGAGAAGACACCUGGAUCCCAAAUCAGGCAACCAGCACUGCACAGAAAAAAUCAUACAGCUACAGAGGGCUCUCCUACAACCUGAAACCAACCAGUGAUGAUUUCCAACCUUCCCAGCCUUACCACACACAGUCAUUCCCUAUGUCCAACACAAGCUCAUCCAGCGCAGUGGCUGCAACAGACCUAGGGAGGUACCUGAUGCGACGUGAGCUGGUGAGUUCGGGCCUGCUGAAGUUUGAGGACAAGGCAGAGAACUACUGGGCCUGGAAGGCAUCUUUCAUCAGCUCCACCGACGACCUAAAACUCUCUCCCAGAGAGGAGCUUGAUCUGCUGUGCAAAUGGCUGGGGCCUUCGUCGUCUGAGCAAGCUAAAAGAAUCAGAGCGGUGCACAUUCACAAUCCACCUUCAGGCCUCAGGAUGUUAUGGCAAAGACUGGAAGAUGUGUAUGGCUCACCAGAGGUGAUUGAAAACGCUCUUCUAGGAAAAGUUGAAGAAUUUCCUAAAAUCUCAGUCAAAGAAAACCACAAGCUAAGAGAACUGGGAGAUAUUCUCAUGGAACUUGAAGCAGCCAGGGCAGAUGGAUUCCUACCUGGUCUUGCAUACCUCAACACCUCCCGUGGAGUAAACCCAAUAGUCCAGAAACUCCCGUCCAACCUGCAAGAGAGGUGGAUUACUGUAGGAUCACGUUACAAGGAUCAGCACAGAGUACCAUAUCCUCCUUUUUCAGUCUUUGUCAACUUUGUCUGUGAACAAGCAAAAACACGCAACGAUCCUAGCUUUGCUAGCAUAACAGAAGCAUGGCGUACAACAAAGACAGAAAAGAGUGUUUUCCAGCCGUCCAGUCAUCACACAAGAACAUCAGUUGCUGUGAGUAGGACUGAAAUCUCAACAAGUGGCGACGAUAACAACACAGCAGCCAGGAAACAUGAUGACCCAGACAAACAGUGUCCACUACAUAACAAGCCUCAUCCAUUGAGAAAAUGUCGUAGCUUCAGAAACAAAACUCUGGAAGAAAGAAAAGCGUAUCUGAAGGAAAAACACAUCUGUUUCAAAUGUUGUGCGUCGUCCACUCAUGUUGCUAAGGACUGUGGGAAGACUGUGCUGUGCCAGGAGUGCAACAGCGACAGACACCCAGCAGCUCUACAUCCAGGUCCUGCUCCAUGGAAAACCGAGGCCCAUGUGAGUACCAUGGAUCACAGCGGGGAGCGGCAGACGCCCAAAGCCAUUCCGUCUGUGACGUCGAAAUGCACGGAAAUCUGUGGAAGUGUGAACACUUCAAAAUCAUGCUCCAAAAUCUGUCUUGCAUUAGUGUAUCCUGCAGGUCAAAGACACCUAGCCAUGAAGACCUACAUUGUUCUUGAUGAGCAGAGCAACAAGUCGCUAGGCAGAACAGAAUUCUUUGAACACUUUGGAAUUCAAGGCACAGGAAAACAAUACACUUUGAAGACGUGCUCAGGAGUGGUGGAUACGGCCGGACGGCGAGCCAGCAACUUCAUGGUGGAGUCAUUAGACGGCAACAUCCACAUUCCUUUGCCUACGCUGAUUGAGUGUGACAUGCUGCCAGACGACAGGUCUGAAAUACCGUCACCAGAUGCAGCCAGACAUCAUCCUCACCUCAAACACUUGGCAGACAAAAUCCCAGUCCUCGACCCAGAAGCGUCCAUCCUCCUUCUCCUCGGAAGAGACCUAAUUCAGGUGCACAAAGUGCGAGAACAAUGUAACGGGCCACACAAAGCACCGUUUGCCCAACGACUCGACCUGGGAUGGGUGAUAAUCGGAGAUGUGUGUCUAGGAAGAGCACACAAACCCACCACUGUCAACAUCUUCAGAACCAGUGUGCUGAUAAGCGGGCGCCACUCCCUCCUCAGCCCAUGCAACAGCAGCUUAACAGUCAGAGAGAAGAUUGACAGUGCUGUGCCACCCCACACCUCUCCAUGCGUGUCUCCUGCAACCAAUGAAAUAGACAGCCUGGGCAGAAACGUGUUUCAAAGAACACAGCGUGACGACCAAGUUGGCCUUUCCAUCGAAGAUGAGUUGUUUCUUGACCUCAUGGAUAAGGAAGUCUACAUGGACAACGCAAACUGCUGGGUAGCACCGCUGCCAUUCAGGCCAAAUAGGCCGCGCCUGCCCAACAACAGACAGCAUGCUGUCAACCGUCUCGCCUCCCUCCGUCGCAUGCUGGAGAAGAAAAGUGCCAUGAAAGAACAGUUCUUCAACUUCAUGCAAGCCAUGUUUGACGCAGACCAAGCAGAGCCUGCUCCAGAGCUGAGGCCUCAACAAGAGUGCUGGUACCUACCAAUAUUCGGUGUUUAUCACCCACAGAAAAAGGACCAGAUACGGGUAGUGUUUGAUUCCAGUGCGAAGCACGAAGGUACCUCCCUCAAUGACGUCCUUCUCAGUGGGCCUGACAUGAACAACACCUUACUGGGGGUCCUGAUGCGCUUCCGCAGAGAGCCUGUAGCAGUAACAGCCGAUGUGCAGCAGAUGUUCUACUGCUUCAUUGUCCAGAAAGAGCAUCGAGAUUUUCUGAGAUUUUUGUGGUUUGAAGAUAACAACCCAACCAAACGCAUCACUGAGUACCGGAUGAAGGUACAUGUUUUCGGCAACUCUCCUUCCCCUGCGGUAGCCAUCUACAGCCUGAGAAAAGCAUCCCUGCAUGGAGAAAAGGAACACGGCAGCGAAGCCAGACAGUUUGUCAUGAGAAACUUCUAUGUUGAUGAUGGGCUAUCCUCAUUCCCCACUGAAGAAAAGGCCAUUGCCGUCCUGCAAAGUACAAAAGAAAUGUUAGCAGAGUCAAGCAUUAAGCUACACAAAAUAGCCUCUAACAGCCGCACUGUGAUGGAUGCCUUUCCGCCUGAGGAGCGGGCCAAAAACUUAGUGGAUCUGGAGCUAACUGCUGACCCCUUGCCACUGCAGCGCAGCUUGGGACUCACCUGGAACUUGCAGUCAGACACAUUCACUUUCCGUGUAUCCAGAGAGAAGAAGCCAUUUACUAGAAGGGGAAUCCUGUCUACUGCAAAUGGGCUUUACGACCCCCUGGGCUACGUGGCACCUGUCACAAUUCAAGGAAAGGCCUUAGUCAGGGAGCUGUCUGCCGAACAAGCUGAAUGGGAUGCUCCUCUGCCAGCGCUAAAAGAGGAACAGUGGAAAAUGUGGACCGACUCACUCCAUGAGCUUGAGCAGCUUCAGAUUGAAAGAACCUAUGUGCCUGUUUCUUUGUGCUCCACCAAACAUAGAGAACUCUGUGUCUUCUCUGAUGCUUCCACUAUGGCCAUAUCAGCAGUGGCCUAUCUUAAAGCAACAGAUGAAAAUGGACACACUCACAUUGGAUUCGUCAUGGGCAAGUCAAAGCUGGCACCUCAUCCUCCACACUCUUCCCAUAUGGGUGGAGUGUGGGAACGGAUGAUAGGCAUUGCCCGCAGAAUACUGGAUGCACUGCUUUUAAAGACAAACACUGCCCGUCUGUCUCAUGAAGUUUUGGUCACACUCAUGUCUGAAGUCAUGGCCAUUAUGAACGGCAGACCCCUUGUUCCAGUGUCAUCUGAUCCAGACAUGCCUACAGUCCUUACACCUUCCAUGCUGCUAACACAGAAAGUCAACCCAGUGCUUCCACCCACUGGAGAGUACGACCUUAAAGACUUAUACAUCAAGCAGUGGAAGCAGGUACAGGCGUUGGCCGACGCAUUCUGGAAACGCUGGCGUCAAGAAUACUUGGUUUCCCUCCAGCCAAGGAGAAAGUGGCACGUUGAAAAGCCAAACCUGAGCGAAGGAGAUGUUGUGCUGCUCAAGGAUGCACAGGGCAAGCGGAAUGAAUGGCCUGUCGGAGUGGUGUUGAAUGCCAUUCCCAGCAAAGACUCUAAAGUUCGCAAAGUAGAUGUGAGGGUGGUCAGACAGGGUACUCAACGGGUGUAUUCUAGACCAGUCUCUGAAGUUGUUCUACUUGUAAAAGGGGAAUAGUGUCAUAACGCAUUAUAACAAGCGGGGAGUGUGCUGUUCUGAUGUUUAUUUGGUGAAAGGGAGACCCCUAGUGGUCAACUUUUAACGCAAUGUUUUUGUACUAGCAGUCUUGCCGUAGUUCGACGAUGCAUGUGAACCAACAGUCACGUACUUUUUCUCUUUUGUAUUGGUUGGCCAGAAAACACG